AUGGCACCUCAAGGCUCAAGUCGACCUCUACUCUUUAUCGCGUCUUGUUUUGGAGGGCUUAUUUUAGCCGAGGCCAUCUGUCGGGCGGCCCAGGCAGGUAGUAAAUGCCGUCAAAUACUUCAGUCUACAACCGACAUCGUCUCCUUAGCGACUCCUUUUCAGGGAACAGAUGCAGCUAGUCUUGCAUCGUGGCUUAUAGUUGUUAAUGGCAUCAUGGGCAAGGGCGCAUCACCUCAAUUAAUCAAGGAUCUAAAAGAGCGUAAUGAUUGUGUUUCUAAACGAGUCCAGAAGUUUGCCGAAAUCGCCAACAAUAAUUCCACCCGAUUUCCCAUUUACUGCUUCUAUGAGACAGGAAAACCCAAAAUUGCAAAAAAAGAUCCUUCCAUCGGGGAUCUCGGAUAA